AUGCUUUUCGUUCAAAACCAUUUAAAAACUUGCAUUUUUAAAACUUUGCUAAUUUCCAAAACGUCCUCUCUAUCUAUGAGUUUGGUCCAAUUGAAGCAUCUUUCCUCAGCUACAAGACGAUUUUUGAACCCAACGCAAAAAGCAUCAAUUUUGGUUAACAAACCCAUCUACAAAGCGACUAUAAACCUCUCUGUCUUAGAAACCCACUUGCAGCAAUGUCAAAAUUUCAAGGAAUUCAAGCAAAUACUUUCUCAAAUGAUCUUCACUGGGUUCAUCAAAGAUACAUUUGCUGCAAGCAGACUUCUCAAGUUCUCCACUGACUUACCAUUCAUCCAUGUUGAUUAUUCCUUCCAAAUCUUCAAUCUCAUUGAGAACUCAAAUGGGUUCAUUUGUAAUACUAUGAUGAAAGCAUAUGUACAAAGAAACUGUCCUCAAAAGGCUAUAUCUUUCUACAAAUUUCUGUUGGAUAGAAACUUGGGUCCUGACAAUUAUACAUACCCAAUUCUAGUUCAAGCAUGCGCUAUUCGGUUAUCUCAAUUUGACGGGAAACAGAUGCAUAAUCAUGUAUUCAAAAUGGGCUUUGAUUCAGAUGUUUAUGUUCAGAACACAUUGAUUAACAUGUAUGCAGUUUGUGAAAACAUGGCUGAUGCACGCAAGGUCUUUGAUGAAAGUCCCGUGUUGGACUCGGUUUCAUGGAAUUCGAUUUUGGCAGGGUAUAUUCAAAUGGCUGAUGUGGAAGAGGCAAAAUUUAUUUACUAUCUGAUGCAAGAAAAGAACACUAUAGCUUCAAAUUCUAUGAUUGUGCUGUUUGGUAAGACAGGUAUGGUGGAAGAGGCUCAUCAGCUAUUUAACGAAAUGCCUGAGAAAGACAUGGUUUCUUGGAGUGCAUUGAUUUCAUGUUAUGAGCAAAACGAGAUGUAUGAGGAGGCUUUGGAUAUGUUCAUUGAAAUGAAUGCUAAUGGAAUUAUGGUGGAUGAGGUUGUGGUUGUGACUGUUCUUUCUGCAUGUGCACAUUUAUCGGCUGUCAAGGUAGGGAAAUUGAUCCACAGCUUGGUUGUGAAAAUUGGAAUUGAAUCUUAUGUUAACCUUCAAAAUGCUCUGAUUCACAUGUAUUCAAGUAGUGGGGAAAUAAUAUCUGCCCAAAAUCUGUUCAAUGCAGCUUGCCACUUGGACCAGAUUACUUGGAACUCUAUGAUAUCGGGAUACAUGAAAUGCGGAUGGAUAGAAAAUGCCAAGGCAUUGUUUGAAUCCAUGCCCAAGAAGGAUGUUGUCUCAUGGAGUGUGAUGAUAUCAGGUUAUGCUCAACAUGACCGCUUCUCUGAAACUCUGGCGUUAUUCCAGGAGAUGCAGUUUUCUGGAAUUAGACCAGAUGAGACUACUUUGGUAAGUGUGAUCUCAGCUUGCACUCAUUUGGCUGCCCUUGACCUAGGAAAAUGGGUUCAUGCUUAUAUAAGGAAAAAUGUUCUGAAGAUAAACAGAAUUUUGGGUACAACACUAGUGGACAUGUACAUGAAAUGUGGAUGUAUGGAAAAUGCAUUAGAAGUUUUUCAUGAGAUGGCAGAGAAGGGAACUUCUACUUGGAAUGCUCUCAUUCUUGGGUUGGCAAUGAAUGGGUUUGUAGAGAAGUCACUUGACAUUUUUUCUGAGAUGAAGGCAUCUGGUGUAGUGCCUAAUGAGAUAACCUUUGUUGCAGUUCUUGGAGCUUGUCGGCACAUGGGCUUAGUAGAUGAGGGCCGUGAACAGUUUGAUUCAAUGACUCGAGAAUACAAAAUCGAACCAAAUGUUAAGCAUUAUGGAUGCAUGGUUGACCUUUUAGGGCGGGCUGGCAUGCUCAAAGAGGCAGAGGAACUCAUCGAGAGUAUGCCUAUUGCACCUGAUGUUGCUACUUGGGGCGCUUUGCUUGGGGCUUGUAAGAAAUACAAUAACCAUGAUAUGGGGGAGAGGAUAGGAAGAAGGCUCAUCGAGCUUGAGCCUGACCAUGAUGGGUUCCAUGUGUUGUUAUCCAACUUAUAUGCUUCAAGAGGUAAUUGGGAUGAUGUUCUCCAAAUCAGGGGAAUGAUGAUGCAGCAUGGGGUGGUGAAGAACCCAGGUUGUAGCAUGAUUGAAGCAAAUGGAGUGGUUCAUGAAUUUCUUGCAGGAGAUAAGGCACACCCUUUGAUAAAUGAGAUUGAGGAUCAAUUGGAUGAAAUAGCUAAGAAAUUGAGGAUGGAAGGUUACACACCAGACACUAAUGAGGUUUCCCUUGACAUUGAUGAAGAAGAGAAGGAAACUGCUCUUUUUAGACACAGUGAGAAGCUUGCUGUUGCCUUUGGGCUUAUCACUACUAGUGCACCAACUCCAAUAAGGAUUAUGAAGAAUUUGAGGAUAUGUAAUGAUUGUCAUACAGCAGCAAAGUUCAUCUCAAAAGCUUUUGGACGAGUGAUUGUGAUAAGGGAUCGGCAUCGCUUUCACCAUUUUAAGCAGGGAUCUUGUUCUUGCCGAGAUUAUUGGUAGUAGGGUAGAAUACAUAAACAACCUAACAGACCCUUGCCUUGUACAGAUUGGAUUAAAAAGUUUUGGAAAAAAGCAUGCAAAUCAAAUUACUUUAUUGUAUUCCAAGGCGUUAUAAAUGACUUUCCCAAUACUUUGUUUGGAUGUAUUGCUCUUCAGAAAAAAUCAAUUUAUUUGAAUCUCGUUCUUCUCGGAAACAAUUGUUUGAUCUCUUCUUUCUUUGCAUUA